AUGCGCGCCGUUCAAAUCAAAGAAUACGUUAAGGUGCGCUACCCAUACUUACCACCUCGUCUUACAUUAUCCCCAGCACGAUCCAAGAAAACGCAAACCCUCCUACAACAACCCAUACUAACCCUCUUCCCAGGGCCCGCUAGACCUCACAGUCUCCGAAGUCCCAACCCCCACCCCUUCCGCCGACAAAUACCUCAUCGAGAUCCACUCCGCCGGCACAAACUUCUUCGACAUCCUCCAAAUCCAAGGCAAAUACCAGCACCAACCACCACUCCCUGGGUCGGCGGUGCCGAAUUCGCCGGCACCAUCGCCGCAGUUCCAACCGCCGCUCCUUCUCCACGCUUCCGCGUCGGUGAUCGCGUCUUCGGCGCUACACAGGGCGCGUACGCCACCCACGUCCUCGCCCCGGAGACCACCCUCCUCCCCGUGCCGAAGGGGUGGAGCUUCGAAGAUGCGGCUGGUCUGUUCGUCACCGCGCCUACCUCCUACGGUGGUCUGGUGCAUCGCGCCGGCGUGAAGGCCGGUGACUGGGUGCUCGUGCAUGCGGCUGCGGGCGGCGUGGGCCUGGCCGCUGUGCAGAUUGCCAAGGCCAAGGGGGCGACUGUCAUUGCGACGGCGGGUACGCAGCGUAAGCGUGAGAUUGCGGCCGAGUUUGGCGCGGAUUAUGUUGUUGAUUAUACGGAUAAGGCGUGGCCGGAGCAGGUGAAGAAGUUGUGUGCUACGCAUCGGACGGGGAAUGGCAAGGCUGGGGUGGAUAUCGUUUAUGACCCCGUUGGUAUGAUUGAGGCGAGUUUGAAGUGUGUUGCUUGGAAUGCGAGGUUGUUGGUUAUUGGGUUUGCGGCGGGCAAGAUUGAGAAGGUUGCGCUGAAUCGGGUGUUGUUAAAGAAUGUUAGUCUGGUUGGACUGCAUUGGGGUCAGUAUGCUAAGUUUGAGACGGAGACUGUGGGUGAGGUGUGGAAGGGCAUCUUUGAGCUGGUUGCCCAGGGUAAGUUCAAGGGUACGGCGUUCAGGGAUGAGAGUUUUGUUGGGCUGGAGAGUGUUCCCAAAGCGUUGCAGGCUCUUGGAGGACGCGAGACUUGGGGGAAGGUUGUGGUUAAUGUGACUGGCAAUGAGAAUGCCAAGAGUAAGCUCUAG